GGGGGGUUCUAAAACAUGUGCUCACUCCUCUUUAAGUUUAUUGUUAUUAUUAUUAAAAGUAAAAACUCCUCCUAUCGCAACGACUAACCUUUCAAGACGAUUUCAAAGAAAUCAUGCGCCCACAGUUCUUUCGGUAGUCCCGUCAACUUACCCAGAAAGCAGCAUGACUCUACUCCAAAAAGACGAGCUGGACGAAUUCACGCAGGUGGACUUCCUCGCUUCUGCCAUGGAUUUGUGGACGGCUGAGCAGCCGGAUCACGAAGAAGGUCAGGACGACGACGACUCCCCUCCUUCCUUAACCAAGGAGCCGGCCAGGCGCUCCACCGGUAGGCUGCUCAUGCACAGCAUGGUUAUGUUUGGCCGGGAAUUUUGCUACGCCGUGGAGGCUGCGUUCGUCACCCCAGUGCUGCUCAGCGUCGGCCUUCCGCGAAGCCUCUACAGCCUGGUGUGGCUCAUUAGCCCGGUGCUGGGCUUCCUGCUGCAACCCAUCAUCGGCUCGGCCAGCGAUCACUGCACGUCGCCCUGGGGUCGCAGGAGGCCAUACAUAAUCACCUUGGGGAUAAUGAUGCUUGUCGGGAUGAGCCUGUACCUCAACGGAGACGCCAUCGUUUCAGCUAUUGUAACAGAGAAAUCUAUAAAGAGGACCUGGGCCAUAGUAGUUGUAAUGUUUGGAGUAGUCCUAUUUGACUUUGCAGCAGAUUUUAUUGAUGGUCCAAUCAAAGCCUAUUUGUUUGAUGUUUGCUCUCAUGAAGAUAAAGAAAGGGGAUUGCAUUUUCAUGCUCUGUUAACUGGUUUAGGUGGUGCUCUUGGAUAUCUUAUUGGAGCAAUGGAUUGGGGACACACUGUCCUUGGGAAGCUAUUUGGAUCAGAGUAUCAAGUUAUCUACUUCUUUACUGCUGUCACUUUUGGGAUAUUCCUCACCAUGCAUCUGUGCAGCAUCCCAGAAAUUCCUCUUGGAAAAGGAAGUUCAAGAACCACAGAUUCAGAUACCAGUCUUCUCCUAAAGCAUAAAGUGCACAGCAAUGGAUAUGGAGCAGUUAUGGAAACAAUUGAUUCUUUGGAAGAAUCAAACAAGCGACCCAGAUCUUUCUCUGCCAUAGGAGAAGCAAAUUCAAUCACGCUUAUCAUUAAGCAGCCUAACAAAGAGGUUCAACAGCGUAUGACACUGAAGUCCUUAGUAAAAGCUAUGCUUAGUAUGCCAAGUCAUUACCGAUAUUUGUGUGUCAGUCAUCUCAUAGGCUGGACUGCUUUUCUUUGCAACAUGCUAUUCUUCACUGACUUUAUGGGUCAGAUUGUAUACAAAGGAAACCCAUAUGCUGAACACAACUCUUCAGACUACUUAGUGUACGAGAGAGGUGUUGAGAUUGGAUGUUGGGGCAUGUGCAUAAAUGCUGCUUCUUCUGCAAUAUACUCAUACUUUCAGAAGAUCAUUUUGCCAUAUAUAGGCCUUAAAGGGCUAUACUUCACUGGCUACUGCAUCUUUGGUCUGGGUACAGGAUUCAUUGCUCUCUUCCCCAAUGUCUACUGCACACUUACUCUCUGUAUAGUGUUUGGUGUCAUGUCCAGCACAAUGUAUACUGUACCCUACAACCUGAUAUCAGAGUACCACAGGGAGGAGGAGAUAAAGAGACAGACUGGCAAGUCACCAGAGGAAGGUAGAGGAAUGGGUGUAGACUGUGCUGCUCUUACAUGCAUGGUUCAGUUGGCACAAAUCAUUGUUGGAGCAGGUCUAGGAGCAUUGGUCAACCUGGCUGGUAGUGUCAUUGUUGUAGUAAUGUCUGCUUCUGCUGUGUCUUUAAUUGGCUGUUUGUUUGUAGCCAUUUUUGUCAGGUUUGUGGAUUAUUAAAAUUUAAUUCA